CGGCAAAAGCAACAGCUACAGCUACCCUCCAGCUACUGCACAAGAUCGCAAAUCCGCAAAAGCUUCAAGACUAGACUCUUCCACCGACAAUUCCACCGCUGCUAGUACUGUACUCUACUGCGCCACCUUCCAAGUAGGACCUGUGGAAGCAAAGCGAGUCAAGACCGGAAUGUCGAUUACCCCCCACUCGACUCGACUCGACUGGACUGAAUCGGACUCGAUUUGCCUUGACGCCCCAAUCUCGGAUUCAUUGAGAUACAGUAACUCGAGCGCAGCGCGGCCGCAAGGAGCGGAAGAUUCGUCUUCGCCCUUGCUCGCCUGCCUCGCGCAGUACAGUACAGUACAGUACAGUACCUCGUGGCUCUGCCUCAGCCUCUUGCGCUACAUCUGCUUGCAAGCCUCUAACUCUGGCCUACCUACCUACAUCGGCACUUCCACUUCCACUUCCACUUCUACUGGCACUGGCACUGGCAUCGGUACUGGGACUUCGACCUGCAACUCGGAAUCAAACUCGAACGCGCCUUGGAUGUAACUCUUCCAAGCUCCUUGUGCAGCUGGCAGGUGGAAAGGCCGGAUGGAGUCUUGCUUGGAGGGAGAAGAGGGAGAGGGUGAAGGAAAGAGAAGCGCGCACAACGCUGCUCUGUUGUCUUGUGAAGGGAAGCAGCUGAAAUGAGCUAG